CUCAGCGCUAUAGGACAGGCAGUUAAUUUUAGCAGCGCCUGUCAGGAACUACAAACGAUUAUCUCUGCUCUUUCACUUCAUAUGAUUUGUCUGAUAACGCGUAGGACACACGGACAGGACUUUGUCCCGCAAUUGGAGACUGGAUACCGCUUGUUUCCACACAGAGGUGGUUUAUGUAGCAGUGUCGUGUGUAAAUCUUCACCAAAUGACGAACCUCUUAAGAUACUCCGCCACCUUAUUUAUCUUGUAAUUGGUGUUAAUAGAAAUGGAAGAGGAAAAUCUGUCAGCUGCAGAGAAAUGGCCACGGAUGACAAAGUUCAUGCUGUCUGCCUUCGCGGCCGCUCUUGCCGAAAUAGUUACCUUUCCACUGGAUCUGACAAAAACCCGACUCCAGAUUCAAGGCGAACUCACUCAUCAGCUUCAUGGUGAAAGGAAGAACGUGCCAUACAAAGGGAUGGUCCGCACAGCAAUUGGAAUUGUUACUGAAGAAGGGCCACUUAAGCUGUGGCAAGGAGUCACUCCUGCCAUCUACAGACACAUAGUGUAUUCAGGUGUGCGGAUGCUUGCUUAUGAACAGCUGCGAGACUCGGUGUUGGGAAGAAAUGAAGAUGGCAGUUUUCCAAUGUGGAAAGCAUCUGUUGGUGCUAUGCUAUCUGGUGCCAUUGGACAGUUUUUUGCUAGCCCAACAGACCUGGUAAAAGUCCAAAUGCAGAUGGAAGGGAAAAGAAGAUUAGAAGGAAAGCCACCAAGAGUUCAAGGACCUUUCCAUGCCUUUGUGAAAAUACUUUCAGAAGGAGGAGUACGUGGUCUGUGGGCAGGAUGGGUUCCCAAUGUGCAGAGGGCUGCUUUGGUCAACUUAGGAGAUUUAACUACAUAUGAUACAGUAAAACAUUUUUUGCUGCGAAAUACAUUGCUGCCAGACAAUAGCAUAUGCCAUGGUUUAGCAAGCAUUUGCUCAGGACUUGUUGCUGCCAUAGUAGGAACUCCUGCUGAUGUAGUUAAAACCAGAAUCAUGAAUCAGCCAACAGAUGCAAAAGGAAGGGGCUUACUCUACAAAUCCUCUGUUGACUGUCUCAUACAAGCAAUACGCAACGAAGGCUUUGGAUCUUUAUAUAAAGGGUUUAUACCAACAUGGAUGAGAAUGGCACCCUGGUCCUUGACAUUUUGGCUGAGUUUUGAACAGAUUCGAAGAAUGUUAGGCGUUAGCUCAUUCUAACGCCUGCGAUGGUAACUUGAAAAUGAAAAAUGUGUUUACUAAAGCUGCUUCUAGUCCACCUCACAUCAAUAGAGAAAUUAUUAUAUAUUUAUGUAAUGGUGGUUUAACACUCAUUACCCACGUUUUUGCUCAUUUUUAUGUUCCUUUUUAUAAACCACAUCUAUUCAUUGUACUUUAAGACCUGAUUAUUGUUGAAUUGUGCCUGUCUGCUCACAUGCUUGAACAUUAGUUCUCAAAAAGUUAGAACUGAGCGCUUAGGCUUUAAUGAGACUUUCAAAAUCUCCCAGAAAAACGAGCUGCACAUGCCGAGUUAUUGUCAGCGUCUUUGAUUGACACCCAUUGAGCUCAGCACGGGCUGUGGCUGCUCCUGACCUUUUAUCAGGUGGAUGCCUGAACUCCGGUCACCACUCCCUCCCUCUUCUGACCACGAUUCCUCUGAUCUUCUCAAUUUCUAAACUCCAGGCGGACCCCGUUUAGGAGACUCAAACAACCAGCAGCUGCCUCACAUUGGUGUCUGCAACAGAUGCACUCCAGCUCAGAUCCUGAAACACCUCAGUUAAAAAACCAGGCACUAAACUCAACUUCGUGUUCCACUCACGUGCCCAUUUCUGGAGUAGAGAGGUGGACAAUAUCUCUCUGUAGUCUGUCAAUUAUGUAAGUGCAUUAUCUAGCUAGCUAUCACUGAACGUUCACAUGUUGCAUUUAAUAAAAAACAGUAAAAAAAUGAACACUUUAUUAUAAGAUUUAAAAAUAUA